AGAGUGGGGGAGUGUUCCAAAGCGCACAAUUUAGUUGAGCAUCUCUUAUUAACCAAUGUAGAGGUUAUAAACUUAAGAUAGUUCUUUCGAACAACGCAUCAUAAUUGUUUUUCUAUAUUUACUAUAAGUUUACUAAAUUAAUGGCAUUGAAAUAAUUCAAUUAUUUGUGUGUUUAUGACACACAAAUAAGAGAAUAAGAGAUCUCGAUUUAUAAUUUAUUUGACUCGUAAUUGACGAGUAUCAAACAUGAAAAAUUUAUAUGAUAGACGUAUUGUAAUAAUGUGAUUGAAAACAUUUAAAUUUUAAUCACACAUCAAGAAAUUAAAAGAAAUAAUGAUAAUCACAAAAAUAAUGUAUUAUCAAACGCAAAAUUUGUGUGAUGUCAAGUAGAUAUAUAACAUACGUGAAGAUUUAUAAAAAUAAUAUUAUAAAAUUGGCAUUUAGAAAUUUUUAACAAUGUCAAGUAUACUUGUACAACAAUUUGUUCAGAGACUUAAAUCCAGAAAUGAAGAAAUACGUAACAAAGCAGCUAGAGAUCUAUGUCUCUAUGUCAAAACAGAACUACGUGAAGUAUCACAGGAAGAAAUUACAGCUUUUAUGGAUGAAUUUAAUCAUCAUAUAUUUGAAAUGGUAUCUGGUUCAGAUGUAAAUGAAAAAAAAGGAGGUAUUUUAGCUAUAGUUUGCCUUAUUGGAGCUGAUGUGGGAAACAUUAAUACAAGAACUAUAAGAUUUGCAAAUUAUUUAAGGAAUUUAUUACCCUCUAAUGAUGUGGGUGUUAUGGAAUUAGCUGCUAAAACAGUUGGUAAACUAGCAUUAGUUUCUGGUACUUAUACAGCAGAAUAUGUAGAAUUUGAAGUAAAGCGUGCCUUUGAAUGGCUUGGUGGUGAUAGACAUGAAGGUAAAAGACAUGCUGCUGUUCUUGUUUUAAGAGAACUUGCUGUUUCUAUGCCAACAUAUUUUUUUCAACAAGUAACACCAUUUUUUGAACUCAUAUUUAAUGCAAUACGUGAUCCAAAACCUGUGAUAAGAGAAGGUGCUGUUGAAGCAUUGAGAGCUGCUUUAGUUGUUACUGCACAGAGGGAAACAGCAAAACAAAUGCACAAAUCACAAUGGUACAAACAGUGUUAUGAUGAAAUAGUGACAGGAUUUGAGGAAAUAUAUACUAGAGAAAGAGGAGUAAAUAGAGAUGAUAGAAUACAUGGUUCACUAUUAAUAUUAAAUGAAUUACUAAGAUGUAGUAAUAUUCAAUGGGAAAAAAAUUAUGAAGCUUUAAUGGAACGAUUAAAUUGUUCUACUCAACAAAAUGAGAAUGACAUAUUGUCAUUAAUGCCUCGAUUAAAAACAACAAUAGUAUCUAAAUGGUCUAAUUCUUCUCAAAAUUCGACUAAUUCUCAACAGACAUUAUAUCCAUCACAUGAAUCUGCAGUAUGUCGUUGUUUGAUGCAAGAACGAUUAGAUGAUAUAUAUAAUGAUGUAAUGAAUCAGAGAAUGUCUAGAAAUCCACAUAUUCAACAUGCUCUUAUGAUGUUGUUACCAAGACUUGCAGCAUUUAAUAAAGAAAAAUUUACAAAAGAUCAUUUGAGAGAAUCAUUAGCAUAUCUUCUAAUGACUUUACGUAGUAGAGAAAAAGAUAGAUAUGCUGCAUUUACAACAAUUGGAUUUAUAGCAGUUGCAGUAGAAGAUUCAAUAAAUCCUUAUCUUUCAAAAAUUAUGGAAGUGAUUAAAAGUUUAUUGCCUUCUAAGGAAACAUCUACUAAGAAACGUGGAGCAUCUUUGGAACCUGCAGUAUUCAUUUGUAUAACUUUACUUGGACAUGCAGUAAAACAAGUUAUAGCUGCAGAUGUGAGAGAUUUAUUAGAAUCUAUGUUACAGACUGGAUUAAGUCCUAUUCUUACAACAUCUCUCAGAGAACUAGCUCAUAGUGUUCCAUCAUUAAAACCUGAUAUAUCUCAAGGACUUUUACGAAUGUUAUCUCAAGUUUUGAUGCAAAAACCCUUAAGACAUCCUGGUGCACCAUGGACUGCAACUAGUCCUAUAUCUGGUCCUCCAACUGAAGUGGAUAUUCCAUCUACAGUUUUAGCUUUGAAAACAUUAGGAACAUUUAAUUUUGACGGUAAUCCACUUUUGCAAUUUGUAAGGCGAUGUGCUGAUCAUUUUCUUACAUCUGAACAAGCAGAAGUUCGAUUGGAGGCUGUAAGAACAUGUUCAAGAUUAUUACGAUUAGCAUUAAAUCAACCCGGACCCACAGUGACUAAUACUGUCUCUACUGUUCUUGGAAAAUUAUUAGUUGUAGGUAUAACAGAUACGGAUCCUGAUGUAAGACUUUGGGUUUUAGCUUCUCUGGAUGAUUCAUUUGAUAUUCAUUUAGCGCAAGCAGAAAAUCUUUCCGCAUUAUUUAUUGCAAUGAAUGACGAAAUGUUUGAAAUAAGGGAAUUAGCAAUUCGCACAAUCGGACGAUUAAGCACAAUGAAUCCAGCAUAUGUUAUGCCUUCUUUACGUAAAACACUUAUACAAUUUUUAACUGAAUUAGAACAUUCAGGUAUGGGUCGUAACAAGGAACAAGCUGCACGAAUGUUGGAUCAUUUAGUAGUCAGUGCACCUAGACUUAUUCGACCAUAUAUGGAACCCAUUCUAAAAGUUCUUGUUCCAAAAUUAAAGGAGCCUGAAUCAAAUCCUGGUGUAAUUUUAGCUAUAUUACGCGCUAUUGGUGAUUUAGCAGAAGUUAAUGGUGCUGAAAUGCAACAAUGGAUGCCUGAACUUCUCUCUAUAUUGCUUGAAAUGCUAGUCGACGCGAGCUCUCCAGAAAAAAGAGGAGUUGCUUUAUGGGUUCUUGGACAACUAGUAGGAAGUACAGGACAUGUUGUUAAGCCAUAUAUGCAAUAUCCUUCAUUACUAGAUGUAUUGAUAAAUUUCCUAAAAACAGAACAACAACUAAUUAUUAGAAGAGAAACUAUAAGAGUUCUUGGAUUAUUAGGUGCUUUAGAUCCAUAUAAACAUAAAAUGAACCUUGGUCAGAUUGAUUCUCAAUUGGAUACUCUUACUUCUAUGGCUGAUACUAAAAGUGAAGCUGAAAAUACACAAGACUUAACUACUAGUGAAAUGUUGGUCAACAUGUCCUCUUCAACUUUAGAAGAAUAUUAUCCAGCUAUUGCUAUUGCAACUCUUAUGAGAAUCAUUCGUGAUCCAACAUUAUCGCAACACCAUACUAUGGUAGUUCAAGCAGUAACUUUUAUAUUCAAAAGCUUAGGAAUUAAAUGUGUUCCAUAUAUUUCUCAAGUGAUGCCAAGUUUCCUUAAUGUAGUUCGUACAGCAGAUGUUAAUUUUCGUGAAUACCUAUUUCAACAAUUGGCUAUUCUUAUUGCCAUUGUGAAACAGCAUAUUAGAAACUAUUUGGAUGAUAUAUUUAAUUUAAUUAAAGAAUUUUGGACAGUGAAUAGUCCGUUACAAAGUACUCUGAUACUUUUAGUUGAGCACAUUGCUGUUGCAUUGGGUGCAGAGUUUAAGAUUUACUUACCACAGUUAAUGCCACAAAUAUUAAGAGUUUUAACACAUGACACAAGUAAAGAUAAAUCAGUCACAGUCAAACUUCUUCAAGCACUUCAAAAAUUUGGAAAUAAUUUGGAUAAUUAUCUUCAUUUAGUUUUGCCACCAAUUGUAAAAUUAUUUCAUGCUACUGAUUGCCCAAUAACUGUAAAUAAAGUAGCGCUUGAAACUGUUGAUCAUUUAGCAGAUACAUUAGAUUUUACAGAUUUUGCAUCCAGAAUUGUGCACCCUUUAGUACGAACUCUAGAUCAGUGUCCAGAAUUACGAAAUGCAGCAAUGGAUACACUAUGUGCAUUGGUGAUACAAUUAGGAAAAAAAUAUCAGAUCUUUAUCUUAUUAGUACAAAAAAUUAUGACGAAACAUAAAAUUGUUAAUUCACGUUAUGAAGUUUUAAUUGAUAAAAUUUUGACAGAAACAACUGUUACUGAUGGUGAGGAUUAUCUCUUAAUGAGACAUCGACAUUCAAGAAACAAAAAUCGUGAUUUAUCGUUAACAUCAUCUGACACAACUACAAUUAAAAGAUUACAUGUGUCUGCCUCAAAUCUUCAAAAAGCCUGGACUGCAACAAGAAGAGUUUCUAAGGAUGAUUGGCUGGAAUGGCUAAGAAGUUUGUCGAUUGGUUUGCUCAAAGAAUCACCGUCACCGGCACUAAGAUCAUGUUGGGCUCUUGCACAGACCUAUUCCAAAUUACCUAGAGAUUUAUUUAAUGCGGCUUUCGUUUCUUGUUGGACCGAAUUGGAUGAUACUUAUAAGGCAGAACUUAUACAAACCUUACAACAAGCAUUAAUGGUUCCUGAUCUUCCAGAAAUAACACAAACGAUCUUAAAUUUAGCAGAAUUUAUGGAACAUUGUGAUAAAGGACCAUUACCUUUAGACAAUAAAAUUUUAGGUGAAAGAGCAAUGCAUUGUAGAGCUUAUGCAAAAGCAUUACAUUACAAAGAAGAUGAAUUUCAUAAGAGCAGGAAUAGUAAUGUUUUUGAAUCUUUAAUCUCUAUCAAUAACAAGCUUCAGCAGAAAGAAGCUGCAGAAGGUUUACUGGAAUAUGUUAUGAAUCAGAAUAAUCAGCAAGAUCUAAAAGUGCAAGUUCGUUGGUAUGAAAAACUACAUAAUUGGGAUAAAGCUUUACAAUUAUAUAGAGAAAGACUAGAAAGUGAUUCUACAGAUGUAGAGUCGACUUUAGGUGAAAUGCGUUGCUUGGAAGCUCUUGGAGAAUGGGGACAAUUGCAUGAUGUUGCUACCAAACAAUGGUCUCAUCAAAAUGAUGAAACUAAACAGAGAAUGGCUAGAAUGGCAGCAGCUGCAGCAUGGGGUUUAAAUCAAUGGGAAAGCAUGGAAAAAUAUGUCUCUUUAAUACCAAAGGAUACUCAGGAUGGUGCCUUUUAUAGAGCUGUUUUAGCAAUUCAUGAUGAACAAUACAAUAUUGCCCAUCAACUUAUUGAUAGUGCUAGAGAUUUGCUAGAUACAGAAUUGACUGCUAUGGCUGGCGAAAGCUAUCAAAGAGCUUAUAAUGCUAUGGUAGAAGUUCAGAAAUUGGCAGAACUAGAGGAAGUGAUACAAUUUAAAUUGGUCCCAGAAAGAAGAUCCACCAUUAAAUCCAUGUGGUGGGAAAGACUUCAAGGUGGACAAAGAAUAGUUGAAGAUUGGCAAAAGAUUAUACAAGUUCACACAUUAGUAGUUUCACCUCAAGAUGAUAUGUAUACAUGGUUGAAAUAUGCCAGUCUUUGCAGAAAAAGUGGUAGCUUAAUGUUAUGUCAUAAAACAUUAGUUAUGUUACUUGGAACAGAUCCUUCGUUAACUCCUGACCAGGUAUUACCUACCACUCAUCCUCAAGUAACAUUUGCCUAUUGUAAACACAUGUGGGUAGCAAAUAAACGAGAAGAAGCAUACAAUCAGCUACAAAGAUUUGUACAGAUGUCUUUACAACCGACAACUUUAUCAGUAGUAAAUCAAGAAGAUGAGAAGCAACAGGAAAUAAGAAAAAGAUUACUUGCCAGAUGUUAUUUGAAACUUGGAGAAUGGUUAGAAGCAUUGCAAGGCAUAAAUGAACAUUCUAUACCAGCUGUGCUAUCCUAUUAUGCUGCAGCUACAGAACAUGAUCCUACUUGGUAUAAAGCAUGGCAUGCUUUCGCUUAUACUAACUUUGAAACAGUUUUAUUUUAUAAACAUCAGCAAGGUGACUCAAAUACUGAGAAUAUUCCAGGAAAUGGGACUCAUAAUCUUUCUAGUUCACAAUAUAUAUCUCAAUUUACUGUACCAGCAGUUGAAGGAUUUUUUAGAUCUAUUAAUCUUUCUCAUGGUAAUUCUUUGCAAGAUACACUUCGUUUAUUGACUUUAUGGUUUGAUUAUGGUCAAUGGCCAGAGGUAUAUGAAGCUAUUGUUGAAGGUAUCCGUUUAAUUGAAAUUAAUACUUGGCUACAAGUAAUUCCGCAACUUAUAGCAAGAAUAGAUACACCCCGAGCUUUAGUUGGUCGAUGCAUACAUCAUCUUUUAAUAGAUAUUGGAAAAACGCAUCCACAAGCCUUGGUUUAUCCUUUGACUGUAGCAUCGAAAAGUGCUAGUCAUGCUAGAAAGACUGCUGCCAAUAAAAUUCUUAAAAAUAUGUGUGAACAUAGUCCGACAUUAGUACAACAAGCAAUGAUGGCUAGCGAUGAAUUAAUUAGAGUCGCUAUUCUCUGGCAUGAAUUAUGGCAUGAAGGAUUAGAAGAAGCUAGCAGAUUAUAUUUCGGCGAAAGAAACGUUCGAGGAAUGUUUGAUACGUUGGAACCCUUACAUGCAAUGUUAGAAAGAGGUCCACAGACUUUGAAAGAAACGUCCUUUAAUCAAGCUUAUGGCAGAGAUUUAAUGGAAGCACAAGAAUGGUGCCGCAGAUAUAAAGCUUCACGCAAUGUUCGAGAUUUAAAUCAAGCUUGGGAUUUAUAUUAUCAUGUCUUUAGAAGAAUAUCUCGACAAUUACCGCAGUUAACUAGUUUAGAACUUCAAUACGUUAGUCCUAAAUUACUUCUUUGUAGGGAUUUAGAAUUGGCUGUACCGGGAAGUUAUAGUCCGGGACAGCCAAUAGUUAGAAUAGCAAGUAUACAUAGUUCCAUGCAAGUAAUAACCAGCAAACAGCGACCGCGAAAAUUAUGUAUAAAAGGUAGUAACGGUAAAGAUUAUAUGUUCCUUUUGAAAGGACAUGAAGAUCUCAGACAGGAUGAACGUGUAAUGCAAUUAUUUGGUCUAGUCAAUACUCUUUUAUUACAUGAUCCAGAUACAUUUAGAAGAAAUCUUACUAUUCAAAGGUAUGCAGUAAUUCCACUAUCCACAAAUAGUGGUUUAAUUGGUUGGGUACCACAUUGUGAUACAUUACAUACACUUAUCAGAGAUUAUAGAGAAAAGAAAAAAAUAUUAUUAAAUAUAGAGCAUAAAAUAAUGUUAAGAAUGGCCCCAGGUUAUGAUCAUCUUAUGCUUAUGCAAAAAGUUGAAGUAUUUGAACAUGCUCUUGAGCAUACAUAUGGUGAUGAUUUAUCGCGGCUUCUUUGGUUAAAAUCACCAUCAAGCGAAGUAUGGUUUGAUCGUAGGACAAAUUAUACACGUUCUCUUGCUGUAAUGUCUAUGGUGGGCUAUAUCCUUGGUCUUGGUGAUCGACAUCCAUCUAAUUUAAUGUUGGAUCGUUUAAGCGGAAAAAUAUUGCAUAUCGAUUUUGGAGAUUGUUUUGAAGUGGCCAUGACUCGAGAAAAAUUUCCUGAGAAAAUCCCAUUUCGAUUAACAAGAAUGUUAAUCAAUGCGAUGGAAGUAACGGGAAUCGAAGGCACAUAUAGAAGAACUUGUGAAUCAGUAAUGUCAGUGUUACAUCGUAAUAAGGAUAGUUUAAUGGCAGUAUUAGAAGCAUUUGUAUAUGAUCCUCUAUUAAACUGGCGAUUAAUGGAUAAUGCUGCACUGAAAGGUAAAAGAUCUGAUGCUCAGGGAAUGAGUGCUAGUAGUAAUCAAGAGCAGAGCGAUGCAUUAGAUUCUCUUACCGCCACAUUACCAAAGAAAGGAGUACCAUGUAGUGUUGAAAAUGGAGGUGAUACUAAUCAACCAGAGGCAUUAAACAAAAAAGCCCUUGCUAUUAUUACAAGAGUAAGGGAUAAAUUAACGGGACGUGAUUUCUCUCAUGAAGAAACACUAAGUGUUCAACGUCAAGUUGAUCUUUUAAUUCAACAAGCUACCAAUAAUGAGAAUUUAUGUCAAUGUUAUAUUGGAUGGUGUCCCUUUUGGUAAACAAAAAUUUUUGUAGAUGGGGACGUAUAUCAUGUGCAGUCUCGUUCCUGUUUUUGCAUUUUUUAUUAUUAAGAAAUAAUUAUGUAUAAUGUCGUACCACUAGAACAUGUACAUAUAUAAGCUAUAUUAUUAUAUUGAUUGUAUAUAAUACUUAUGUUAUUCUUGCUUAUAAAGUAUAAUGUAAAUUAGAAAGAACAUACUUUAGAAAUUAUAUAAUAAUCAGUUUUUAUGUAAACAUAGAAAAAAUCUACUCAGGAAUAAGAUUAUAGUAACAAUAUUUUUUUCUUAA